UUGUUUUCAGUCAAAUACAUCAGUACCACUUUCCAAUAAGGUCCUAUUUAUGGGGUUUGGACAACAACCAUUAAAAAUAUGUUAACAUGAUAAACUCCAGACUUGAUUGAAAACCACUAACAAAUUAACUAUUUACAUUUAUAAUUGUAUGUAGAUGGCCUGUGAACCUUUGCUGUCUUAAUUAGAUGUGUGUCCUAGCUCAAACAUUGAGCUCAGUCAAAUUAGUUUUACUCUGUCUGAGUUGUAUUAAUUUCUGACUUUAUGAAGAUGAUCACCAGAUCAUUUCAAAUAGAAGAUUUUAAAAUAUUUUGAUUGAUAGACAGGACAAAUAGUUGCAGGAAGUACUUGUUAAUGCCAGUUUAGUGUGUACAUGUUAGAUUACAUGACUUCACUGUGCGUGUGUGUGUGUGUGUGUGUAACCCAUAGACUGUCAAAUAAAGUUUUUCAAACCAUGUGAUCGGCACUGUCAUGGCUGCCUCCUCGUGUCAUGCGUAAAUGUUAUCGUUUGUAACACUAUUUUGUCAUUUCAAGAAACCACAGACGGUCAAGGAAAAUGAAGACAAAGAAGAUGAAGACGAAAAAUAAGCAUAUGUCCUUCGGGCUGAAGAAAAAGGACAAACGGAGUAUCCAUGUGAAAGGCAAAUGGAAAGCCAUAGAACUUGAUCCUAGUCUCUUCUCCGAGGAGGGCCUGGAGGGCCUGGUGUGUUUUGAAGAGCUGACAAAUUACAGUCUGAUAGACUCCGAGAAGGCUGCAGCUAAAGCAGCACAAGAACUGAAAAAGGAAAAGAAGACGAAGAAAAGAAAAGCCAGCGAGGGAGAGGAGGCUGGAGAGAAGGUAGACUCGGCGACCAAAGAGAGAGAUAAAUCAGCUGAACCAGCCAAGAAAAACGCCAAAAAGAAGAAGAAAAAUAAGAAACUGGCUGCAAAGGAGUCAGCCCAACCAGGUAAAAUUUCUGCAGAAGUCACACAGGAGGAUGCAGGUGGGGAGAGAGAUGAAGGUGGAGCUGCUAAAAAAGACACAUUAACACAUGCAGCCAUUAGCUCAGAACCUGAUGCCCAAACAAAACUAGCAAAGAAGAAGAACAAAAAGAAAAAGAAACCGAAGGAGCAGAAAGAAACAGAUACAGUCCCAGAAGAACAGCCAAACCUGGAGUCUCCAUCAGAACUUAAGACUCUAGAAAAAGAAAAAUCAGCUCAACAUAAAGUGACAAAACUCCCCAAAAAGCAGCAAAAGAAUUGGACAAAUGCAGCACUUAAUGGCUCUAAUGACAAAAAUAUUGAUGUGAGUGCAUGGAAGGACCUGUUUGUUCCCUCCCCUGUGCUGAAGGCACUGAGCAGUCUUGGAUUUGGGUCACCAACCCCUAUUCAAGCCCUGGCUUUGCCUCCAGCUAUCAGAGAUCGUAUGGAUAUCCUGGGGGCGGCAGAGACAGGAAGUGGGAAGACAUUGGCUUUUGGCAUUCCCAUGAUCCAUACUAUCCUGGAGUGGAGGGCUGGUUCAGAAAGGCCUGUUGAUGACAGCACAGAACCAACCAGAGAGGUGGUGAGUUUGUAUUUACCAUCUGUAGAUGAGUCCACAAAGUCAGGAGACACAGCUGAACCCACAAUAGAAAAAGACGAGGACGACGACGUGAAGUCUGAGGAAGAAGAUGGUGCAAGCAUCACAGAGCAGGAUCAAGAUGAUACAGAUGAACAUGACGGUGAAGAUGAAGAAGAUGAUGAUGAUGAGAGGCUUAGGUGUGUUAAAGUAAUCGAAAAUGCAGAUUUUGACUUUGAGCCCACCGCUGAAGAGGAAGAAAACCCUGUUGGUAGUCGGAGUCAGCCUCUGCUUGGACUGGUGCUUACCCCCACCAGGGAGCUGGCUGUUCAGGUCAAGCACCAUAUUGACGCUGUCGCAAAAUUCUCUGAAAUCAAAACGGCGAUAGUGGUGGGUGGAAUGGCACAACAGAAACAAAGGAGGAUGCUGAAGCGAAGACCAGAGAUCAUUAUUGCCACUCCAGGACGUCUGUGGGACUUGAUCAAGGAGAGGCAUCCACAUCUGCUGAACUUGAGACAGCUCAGGUGCCUGGUCAUUGAUGAAGCAGAUCGCAUGAUUGAAAGAGGCCACUUUGCAGAGCUGGAGAGUCUGCUGGAGAUGCUGAACACCGUGCACUUUAAUCCCACGAGGCAAACAUUUGUGUUCUCGGCCACACUGACCAUGGCUCGCAGCCUGCCCACCCGCCUCCUGCAGAAGAAGAAGAAGAAGAAUCUGGACCAGAGGAACCAGCUGGAAAUUCUCAUGGAGAAAGUGGGCAUCAAGUCCAAACCCAAAAUCAUUGACCUGACCAGGAAGGAGGCAACUGUGGAGACCCUGACUGAGACACGAAUCCACUGUCAGAAGGAGGAGAAGGACUUCUACCUUUACUACUUUUUGCUCCAGUAUCCUGGCCGCACCAUGGUGUUUGCCAACAGUAUAGAAUGUAUCAAGAGACUGAACUCCCUGCUGGUUAUCUUGGACCGUACUCCUCUGCCGCUUCAUGCCAACAUGCACCAGAAACAACGCCUCAAAAACCUGGAAAGGUUUGCUGAGAGGGAGAGUUGUGUUCUACUGACUACUGAUGUGGCAGCAAGAGGACUGGAUAUCCCCAAUGUUCAGCAUGUUAUUCACUACCAGGUUCCCAGGACAUCUGAGACUUAUGUCCAUCGGAGUGGCAGAACAGCAAGAGCCACCAAAGAGGGUCUCAGUUUGCUGCUAAUAGGCCCAGAUGACAUGAUGAACUUCAAAAAGAUUUACAAGGCCCUUGGGAAGGAUGAGGACCUUCCCAUGUUCCCUAUAGAGAUCAAAUGCAUGGAAGCAAUCAAGGAACGGGUGAACUUGGCCAGACAGAUAGAGAAGAUUGAGUUCCACAAUAGCAAAGAGAAGCACCACAACUCCUGGUUCAGACAAGCAGCAGAGGCCCUGGAGGUGGACCUGGAUGAUGAUCUUUUAAUUGGCAGAGCACAGGAUGAGGACGGUGACAGAGAGCAGCAGAAGAUAGUAAAGGGGAUGAAAAAGCAUUUGAAGCAUUUGAUCUGCCAGCCUAUAUUCAAGAACGUGACAAAGACCAAGUAUCCCACUCAAAUGGGAAAGCUCUCCGUGCCUCACAUGCCUCUAGCAGGGAUGGAAAGUGCCCUUACCAGGAUUUCAAUACAGGAGGAGAAACAGAAGUUAAAGAAAGGGGUUCCACCACAGCAGAAAAAGCAGAAGAAAAAACAGCAGCAGUGACAUGUUAAUGGGGAAUGUGUGUUUUAAAAAGUCCAUCUUUGACAGGAUUUAUGUAAUUGUUUGUUUACAUAAAUUCAUUUCAAAUCAUUUAUAUACUUAUUGCACAAUGUGCAAAAAUUGUAUUUCCAGAUGUCGUUCAAUACGCUGUACACUGCAAGAUUUUAUAAAAAUCUGUUUUCACAAGUG